AACAAAAACAUGAAUCCCACGUCAGCAUCUCCCCCUCUGCUCGGAGCUGGAGUCAGUCACCCGAGUCGCCUUUUCUCUCCCAAGUAGCUUCACCAAUAUUUGAAGGGUUACUCUUGCUGUCUUCUCCUCACAAAAGAAAGUCUGAUCUUUCUUUAUAAAUACCCCACAUACACGCAAGCACGAGGCCAAAGGGAGACAGAGAGAUAGAGAGAGGGAGAACAACUUUCAGUCUGCUUCGUGACAGGCUUGAUAAUUUCUUCGUGAUCUCUUCUUCUUCUUGUUCUUGCUGUUUGUUUUGAACAGCCAAACGAGAAAACGUGGGGGUACUGAGAGAGAAAAUGGGUGAAGUGGUACCAUUUACACUGAUGGUGAUAAUGGAGGGUUGCACCAUAGGAUUGACGAUAUUGGCAAAAACAGCCAUAACAGGAGGGAUGAGCCCUUUUGUUUUUGUAGUGUACACCAACGCUAUUGGCUCUCUCUUGCUACUCCCUUUGUCCUUCAUUUUUCAUCGGGAAAGAACAGAACAGUCGCUCCUCACCUUCCCACUCCUCGUGCGUAUAUUUUUCCUGGGUUUAACAGGCAUAGCUGUAUCUCAGAACCUUGCAUUUGUUGGGCUCAGCGAUAGUUCCCCAAUCGUUGUAUGUGCAAUGGGCCUCCUAAUACCAUCUCUUUCCUUCUUGCUUUCCAUCAUUCCCAGGACGACAAGGCUCGAUUGGAGAAACUCCAGCAGCCAAGCCAAACUGAUGGGCACCUUGAUUUCAAUAACGGGUGCAGUUGUAGUAGAACUAUACAAAGGCCCGUUUAUACGAAAAUCCUCUUAUUUCUAUGCCCACCAACUUAAAGUUAUACCAAAGCUUUUUGUUUUCUACUCGGCGCCAGACAAUUGGAUUCUUGGUGGUAUUCUGCUUGCGGCUGCCUCCUUAUCUGUUGCAAUGUGGAAUGUUAUUCAGCUGGGAACCGUCAAGCAAUAUCCACAAGUGAUGAAAGUGGUCUCUUUUUAUAGCUUAGCUGGGACUAUCCAAUGUCUGGUCUUCUCUUUGAUUAUGGAGAGAGACCUUAAUGCUUGGAAAUUGAAACUCAACCUGGAGCUCCUACUCAUUGUUGUGACAGGAGUCUUUGGGAGUAUUAUCCGUAGCAACGUUCAUUUAGCAUGGUCGCGAAUGAAAGGCCCUUUUUAUGUGCCCAUGUUCAAGCCAUUUGGGAUAGUCUUUGCAACCUUUUUUGGCGUCAGCUUCUUUACAAACAGUCUUCAUUAUGGAAGUGUAAUAGGAACAUUAAUAACCGGAAUGGGAUAUUAUGCUGUGAUGUGGGGACAAAUAAGAGAAGAGGAACUGCGUAAAGAGCGUGAUGUUGAAAGAACCGAUGAUACUUCAGACCAGAUCAAGACCCCUCUCUUGCAGGAGCAGGAAGAGGCCCAAGUCUAGAGCAUCAAUACAACAAUUACUGAAUGCAAGUGGAGAGCCUUCUUUUUUUUUUUUCUUUAAUGAAAGCUUCUCCUGCAAGUGGCCUGAUCACUAAAAUCAAAAGGUGCUUUGAUUUGCUAGAAGCACUUCAACUACGUGUAAAUACAUACGAUAUGAAGGCCAUUUACUGUAAAUUGUAAAUCUUCUGGCUUGUUGUUUUCCCCCCUGCUUGCUGGAGGUUUGAGGACAGCGUCAUCAAGUUUUAAAUGACCCUGUCAAAUAUGGUUUCUGCUUGAACAAAAACGGUAAAAAAAAAAAAAAUCAUAAACCAUGUCUUCU